GCUGGCCGUCCCAUCAAUGAUCUUCCGAAUGGACGAAAUGCUGUACGGCCUAUCCUACGUCAUCAAGACCAUGAUCUAUAUUUCCGCGAGCAUGGCGGCCAAUACGGCAUCGGCUACUAUGGUCAUCGUCCCAUGCCUGUCGUCGCCGCAUCGUUGGGAUUAACUUCCAAGCACGUCGAUGAGAAGAAUAUGCCAUCACGCUUGGAGUUCACCAGCGAGGAUUUCGACCCAGCCUGGAAGGAGACACAGGAGCUGUUGCCCGCUCUACGCGACACAGAAAUUGCCGACGGCUUCAAUGGCAUUUUCUCUUUCACUCCGGAUGGUGGUCCCCUCAUUGGACAAGCACCGAAUGUUGAUGGCUUCUAUGUAGCCGAGGCGGUCUGGGUAACACAUUCAGCUGGUGUGGCACGCGCUGUAGCAGAGGUGCUUACCACAGGCCGAUCCCAGAUUGACCUUUCUGAAUGCGAGCUCUCUCGUUUUGAAGAAAUUCAACUCAGCCGUGACUACGUCAGCGAGACCUCGCAGCAGAAUUUUGUCGAGAUCUACGAUAUACUACAUCCCAUGCAACCAAAGGAGUCGCCCCGGAACCUUCGCGUUAGUCCCUUUUAUAACAGAGAGCGAGAGUUGGGUGCUUUCUUCCUCGAGCUUGGGGGGUGGGAGCGUCCAUUCUGGUACGAAUCUAACUCAGAGCUACUGAAGUAUCUCCCGGCACAGUGGCAACCCGUCGGACGAGAUGCCUGGUCAGCACGGUUCUACUCGCCUAUUUCUGCAGUGGAAGCUUGGAAGACACGCAAUGCAGUAGCCAUGUACGAUAUGACUUCAUUUCACCGAUUCGAGGUGUCCGGCCCGGGGUCUAUCGAUCUCCUCCAACGGUUAACUACAGGCGACAUUACUGCCAAGCCGGGGACCAUCACUUACACUCUUCUCCUAAACGAUCACGGCGGAAUUCGCAGUGACAUUUUCGUAUCAAGGCUCAGUGAGGAUGUCUUCCAAAUCGGAGCAAACACGGCCAUCGAUCUGGAAUAUCUAGUUAGAGAAGGCCGUCGCCAAGAACAGCACACUCCGAGCCAAUGGGUCCAGGUCCGUGAAAUUACUGGCAGCACCUGUUGUAUCGGACUCUGGGGCCCUCGCGCCUGGGACGUUAUCAGCACCAUCACCACAGAUGACUUUUCCAACACGGGGCUGCCUUAUCUCGGGGUUAAGAACGCGACUAUCGCCGGAAUCCCAGUCACGGCUUUCCGGAAGUCCUACGUCGGGGAGCUGGGCUGGGAGAUCCAGACCAGUUCCCAGUACGGCCAGCGGUUGUGGGAUGCAAUCUGGCAGGCAGGAAAGUGCCACGGGUUAAUCGCGGCCGGCCGUGCUGCCUUUAACGCUUUGCGGUUGGAGAAGGGCUACCGAACCUGGGGCAGCGAUAUGACCACCGAACACAACCCGUAUGAAGCAGGCGUUGCUUCCGCCAUCAAGACAGACAAAAGGGAAGACUAUGUGGGUAAAGCUGCCAUUCAGCGUCUCUCAAAACAGGCACCCACAAGGCGUCUGCGCUGCCUCACCGUCAAUGAUGGGCGUUCUAUGGUGCUUGGUAAGGAGCCAGUUUUCCUGAAUGGUAAAGCUGUUGGCUAUGUCACUAGCGCCGCGUUCGGCUUCACGGUUCGAAAGCCGGUCGCGUACGCCUGGUUACCCGCGAGCGUAACAGAGGGCCAUACAGUUGAGAUCGAGUACUUUGGGCGGCGUAUUCCAGCUACCGUCACAACAGAGCCACUGUACGACCCGCAAAUGAGCCGACUACAUGCGGACGGCUCAUCAGUGGUACCCGAGAUCCAGAAGCCCUUGAAGAACCUUCUAUAACGAUACUGAUUUUAACGAGCGAUGCAAUGAAAUUAGCGCUGUUUUAUCUAUGUUUAUUCAUUACCGGACUGUACAUGGGAAUAAACCCGAAGGACAAUUUGCCAGGCUAUGUUGAUAGACCCUGCGUAUGUGUCCCCUGAUUUAUUUGUUUUGAUUUUUAACCAUUGCGAUUAUGUAUGUGGCGCAAUGAAUUC